UUGACAAAAUGUAAAAAAACGGAAGUAAUAUUUGGCUGCUCAAAAUGUACUGGGUAUACUGAAAAAUGUUUCCUGGCAAUCGCUGAAUUUCCUUGCAUACGAAUUUUUGUGACAACUGCUUUUCAUUUGUGUUUUAUGGAGUCACCUGCAAACUCGACAAUUCACAUCUGCAUUUCUUGCAGAUGUGAAGUCAAGCCAUUGGCAUUUUCAGAAAUGAAUGGACGAAUCUUUUUUUUUCUUCAAAAUCUGACUCUGAACUCAAAUAACCAGGUUAAAAGAUCAGUGGGCACAGAACGGACCCCUGAGGGCCUCUACGUGUGUCCGGUUAGAAACGAAAGAGGAAGACUGUCUGACCGGAGUUCAAGUAUCUCAAAGAGAAUUCCACAGUCAACUUGCGAAGGCCUGGCUGAGGUCAAGAAACACCAGAAUAGACCAUUUGUUAUGCGCUGCACUAAAUUUAAAGAUCUUUCUCGGCGUUGAGGUCUCACUUACACACAGUCAAAUAUCAGACUGAUUCUUCUGAAGUCAACUGAGACUAACAAACAAUUUGCGUCUGUCUCAUCAUAUGUGCUCCUUCAACACUGACCCAGUACCAACAACAAUAAAGGCCAUAACAGACCCGAUAGUUCGAUUUUGGUCCCUAAACUAAUGUCCUUACCGUUCCAACUGGACAGAACACCACAUGCCGUCCCUGAACCAGUGCUUUGAUUUUGACUGCAGUCAUUGUCCCAAAUUAUGAUGCGACUCAAAUAUUUCGACAGUGUCCACUUCCUUGUCUUCUACCUGGAUGGCAAUUGCAUGCCACUCACAGAUUAAAGCACAACAUGACCCCGCCAAUGUUUUCUCACCCCCCGCAGCCAUCUUGGGCAUGUACACACUGAUGAGCAACAAGCAGUACUACGACGCUCUGGGCACCACCGGAACUAUCGCCAACACGGAGGGCAUCAACAGCGUGGUGAAAGAAGACCCCUUCAAGAUCUUCCCCGACGAGCCGCCCAACCCCACCAACGUGGAGGAGACGCUGGAGAGGAUCCAAAACAACGACAGCAGCCUGACCGCAGUCAACUUUAACAACAUCAAGGUAAAGCCCGAUGUUCACAGGACGUCAAAUAGGUCGGUUGAAAGUAUACGACAGCCAAUGAAAUGUCUUUUAGGUGGGUUCUCAAAAUUUUGGAGUCCGUAAUAUUCUGAUUUCAAA